UGGCUGUCACUUUGGGGAAAACGAGGAAGAUUUUUGGUCAUCAUAAUAUCAUCGUCAUUCGUCAUUGUAUUGGAGGUUUAUCAGUGGAAUAUCUAUUCAGAUGUUCCUUCGCAGAUUGUUUUUCACAUAAAUUGUUUAGUUUUUAGUUGACUACUGCAGUUAUUAUUGGUUCAAGUUUCCGAAGUUUCUAAAUUUCUUAAAAUGGCUAGUGUAUCAUAUCAAAUAGCCAAUCUUCUUGAGAAGAUGACAUCGAACGAUAAAGAUUUUAGGUUUAUGGCUACUAAUGAUUUGAUGACUGAGUUACAAAAAGACAGCAUAAAGCUUGAUGAUGAUUCUGAAAGAAAGGUCGUAAAGAUGCUUCUUCGUCUGCUCGAAGAUAAGAAUGGAGAAGUGCAAAAUUUAGCUGUGAAAUGCCUUGGCCCUUUAGUGAACAAAGUAAAAGAAUUUCAAGUGGAGAGUAUUGUGGAGACUCUUUGCGCCAACAUGCUCUCUGACACAGAGCAACUGCGCGAUAUCAGCAGCAUAGGCCUAAAGACUGUGAUCUCUGAACUUCCAUUAGGCUCAAACACUUUAGCUGCUAAUGUGUGCAAGAAGAUCACAGGCAGAUUAAGCAGUGCUAUUGAAAAGCAAGAAGAUGUUUCUGUACAACUAGAAGCUUUGGACAUUCUUGCUGAUUUGCUGAGCAGAUUUGGUGGCCUCUUGAUAUCUUUCCAUACUAUGUUGCUGAAUUCUCUGUUACCACAGCUAGCUUCUCCUCGUCAGGCUGUCCGCAAACGUACCAUUGUUGCGCUGUCCCACUUGGUCAUGUCGUGUAACUCAUCCCUGUACAAUAAACUCAUUGACCAUCUGCUGGAAGGCUUGGGUUCAUCCACAUCGGCAAGCGUCAGCCGUACACAUAUUCAAUGCAUUGCAGCUGUGUGUCGCCAAGCCGGGCACAGAUUCGGCGAACAGUUGUGGCGCGUGGCUCCGCAAGUUCUGGAGCAUUCCACCGAUGCUGAUGAGGAACUGAGGGAACAUUGCUUGCAGGCGCUCGAGGCUUUCGUUCUCAAGUGUCCUAAAGAAGUGCAGCCGCAUAUCCCUACGAUAAUUGAGCUGUGCCUGAAGAUGAUCACAUACGACCCGAACUACAACUACGAGGACGAGGAGGAGGAGGGCGGCGGAGAGGACGAGCAGAUGGAGGACGAGACGUUGGCGCCCGAGGCCGAGCCCGACUCCGACUCCGAGGAGUACUCCGACGACGAUGACAUGUCUUGGAAGGUGCGUCGUGCAGCUGCCAAAUGCCUGGAGUCUGUAAUAUCGACUCGCCACGAGUUGCUCGCUGAGAUGUACGUCACUGUGUCGCCCGCUCUCAUCGCGAGAUUCAAAGAACGUGAAGAGAACGUGAAAUGCGACAUUCUGAGCGCCUACACGGCGCUGCUGAGAGCGACGCGGCCGCCCCCAGCUCUGCAGAUGACGAUCGCUCCCACUGACAACUCUCCGCAGGCGUUACUGCUGCAGCGGGUGGGGCAUGUGGUGCGCGGGGCGUUGGCAGUGAUCCGGGGACGCAGCGUCCGCGCCCGCGGCUGCGCGCUGGCGCUGCUGCGUGAGCUGCUGGCGGCCGCGCCCGGCUGUCUGCGUGACCACGCGGCCCGCGUCAUCCGCGCGCUCACUCCCAAGCUGACCGACAAGAGCACCGCAUCAUCAAUGAAGAUAGAGACGCUCGUGUUCAUCGUGUGCCUCGUGCGCGGGCACGAGAGCUCCGCCAUGAAGCCGCACGUGCGCGCGCUGCUGCCGGCCGUGCUCGCCUGCGUGCACGACCCCUUCUACAAGGUCACCGCCGAGGCGCUCAGGGUUCUGCAGACGCUGGUCAAGGUCAUGCGCCCGUUAGAGAAUUUAGAGAACAUGGAGGGCGAGGAGCUGUCGGGAGUGGAGCCGCCGCCGGAGGAGCUGCAGGCGUUCGUGCCGGCAAUGUACCAGUGCACGCUGGUGCGGCUGCGCGCCGCCGACAUGGACCAGGAGGUCAAGGAGCGCGCCAUCGCCGCGUGCGGCCAGCUCGUGUGCCACUUCGGGGACUAUCUGCAGGAUGAGCUUCCCGUGUGCCUGCCAAUAUUUUUGGAACGCCUGCGCAACGAAAUCACCCGCCUCACUACUGUAAAAGCUUUGACUAAGAUCGCGUCGUCGCCGCUGCGGAUCGACCUGAGUCCGAUUUUGUCUGAUGCAGUGCCUAUCUUGGGAUCCUUCUUGAGAAAGAAUCAAAGAGCAUUGAAACUGUCUACCCUCGUCCUUUUGGACACCCUGGUUCAAAACUACAGUAACGCCAUCAGCGUAGAACUUCUGAGCAAGGUGCUUAUGGAAGUGCCGCCGUUGGUGAGCGAAUCAGACUUGCAUUGCGCUCAAACUGCUCUAACACUAGUGCGCGACGCGUGUCUCCACUUGCCGCAAGCGCUGACGCCUGAAGUGCGGCAUGCGCUCACACCCAACAUUCUGGCGCUGGCCAAGUCCCCGCUGCUACAAGGCGGGGCCCUGAAGGCCAUGCUGGAGGUGCUGAGCGCGCUGGUGGAGGCGGACGUGGCCGGGUGUUCGCGGCGACAGCUGCUGGCGCUGCUGGUCGCGCCCGUGCACCGCAUGCAGGAACACAACGCCACCGCUCAUCACAUCAAGCAGGCGUUCCACUCCCUGGCGAAAUGCGUGGCGGCCGUGGUAGUGUCUGGUGGUGAAGACGCUCUGGACGUGGUGCGGGAGUUCCUGAGGGACGCCGCGCGUCCGCCCAACGACGCGACCCACAUGUUCGCGCUGCUGGCUUUGGCUGAGAUUGGGAGGCAUCUGGACCUGAGCUCGAUCCCGAACCUGAAGGAGGUCCUCCUGGAGUCGUUUACGCCGUCGUCGGAGGAGGUGAAGUCGGCCGCCAGCUACGCGCUGGGGUCGGUGGCUGUGGGCAACUUGCCCGAGUUCCUGCCGUUCAUACUCACCGAGAUUGAAGCGCAACCGAAACGGCAAUAUUUGCUGUUACAUUCCUUGAGAGAGAUAAUAACGUGCGAAUCUUGUACACCAGAAGGCGUGGAAGCAUUGAUGCCUUUUAUAAGAGAAAUUUGGUUGCAGCUGUCGAAACACUGCCAAUGUGCGGAGGAAGGAUCUCGUAAUGUAGUUGCUGAAUGUUUAGGUAAAUUAUGUCUAUUAGAACCACAAGAAUUGCUGCCUCAACUGAAGGAAUUCCUCAAGUCCCCGGAGCCGCUUACCAGAACCACUGCCGUUACUGCCGUGAAAUUUACUAUAUCUGACCAGCCACAAGCAAUAGACCCGCUGCUGCGCGGCUGCAUGUCGGAGCUGCUGGUGCCGCUGCGCGACGCGGAGCUGGGCGUGCGCCGCGUGGCGCUGGUCGCGUUCAACUCCGCCGCGCACAACAAGCCCUCGCUCGUGCGCGACCUGCUGCCGCUGGUGCUGCCCACCAUCUACAGCGAGACCAAGGUCAAGAAAGAGCUGAUCCGCGAAGUGGAAAUGGGUCCGUUCAAGCACUCUGUGGACGACGGCCUGGACCUCCGCAAGGCGGCGUUCGAGUGCAUGUACACGUUGCUGGGGAGCUGCCUCGACCGCCUCGACGUGUUCGAGUUCCUGCGGCACGUGGAGGACGGGCUGCGCGACCACUACGACAUCAAGAUGCUCACCUACCUCAUGUGCGCCAGGCUGGCGCAGCUGUGUCCCGCCGUCGUGCUGCAGAGGCUAGAAAGUUUGGUGGAGCCGCUGAAGGUGACAUGCACAAUGAAAGUGAAAGCGAACUCCGUGAAGCAAGAGUAUGAGAAACAAGACGAACUGAAACGAUCUGCGUUGCGGGCCACCGCCGCCCUGCUGCAGAUCCCCGAGGCUGAGAAAAACCCGCACCUGAUGGAGUUCGUGUCGCAAAUCAAGACGUUCCCGGAGCUGCAGCCGAUCUUCGAGGCCAUCCUGAAGGACUCCGCGGGCGCGGGCGCGGGCGGGGUCGACAACCUCAUGGACCAGAGCUAGCGCCGUCUGCCCGCGCUCCACACGCUGCGCAUCUAGCGCCCGUUCCCAGCCCACAAUGCGACAAUACACCUGUUUAUUCAAAUUAACGCCAGCAAUAGGGAAUAUGCGUGUCGUUUUAUCACACUUUUCUUUCCAAAAAUCGAAUAAUUUGUAAUAAUAAAAGUUUAACGCUUUCAAUAUAGGCUAUAAGCGUUUGCUUGGUCAUUUCGAUUAAAAGAAAUAAUAAAUUAAAAGAAAUUUGUUUUGUUUACAAAUAUGUAUAGCGCCGAUAUAAUAUAUAGAUGCUGAUUUAGUAUUGGCAUUUUCUUCAAGCGAUUCUAUACUUAUUACAAAAAAAAUGUUUCAUGCAUAUUUCCUGUUUUUGUCAUUUUUUUUUUUAAUUAAAUUGUUGUCUUUGGAAAGUCGUUAAGUUUAAUGAACUAAAUCUUCUAUCCGAUAUAUCUAAAAUGUUUACCCUUACUAAAGUAAAUAACUACUUAUUACCGGACAUUGAAAAUACAUAAUAUCUGUUUAUCUCUAGCUCUUAAGAUUUUGGAGUGCAUUUGUCUUCGUUAGGUGUGAGCCUCUCGCUCACACUUGACGUUAAAAUAGUAGAGCAGUUUUCAUCCCUUUACUACAAAAAAAAAAAAUGUUUUUUUGUAAUUAUCAAUAUUUGGAUAUAGAAGUUAUUCGAUUUUAUUGCGUGGGCUUAGUUUUGGCAAAAGUAAUGUGUGAAUUUCAAGGUCUUAUAGAUAUUUGCAAAACUGUGUAAUUAUUUUUUCUCGAGGUUCGUACAACCAAAUAUGAAUGUUAUCUACGCUAUAACUACUAAUAAUAAUACUCGGACUAUAAAUGUUUCGCAUUUAUAAUAUUUUUCAUUUCAUAAUAUCUAGCAGAAAUCCGACAUUAAUGGAAUUUUGUUUGCAUUUAAUACUUCUAUUUUGCCUCAUUGCUCCCACCUUGUACGAGCCGUGAAGUCUGUAAUAAGAAAUAUCUUUUCGCGCGAAAUUCACACGACACUAUGCCCGAGCUAUUCAGGUUCUAUAUGUUAUUUGUUUAAUUGAUCUCGAUGUCCAUUGUAUGUACAACCAUAACCAACAGACAGGAUAGGUUGAAUGUCACUUUGUAUUAUACGGCUUCGUGGGUCUUCCUUGCUUGUAAUAGUUUUUGGAACAUUUGUGUCAUUGUAAAUUAUUGCAACUUACGCAAAGUGCUUAAGUAAAUCGGCUAUCUUUCAAAGAGUAUUUCUAUUGUUCUUCUUUCUUUAUAUUGUUUUCAUUGUGUGAAAAAUUGUUUCCUAAAUAAUGGACAAAACAUUUAAUAGUAGCAUAAGGAAUUAAUUAUAAGACAAAGAAUUCGAUCAACAGUUUUAUUACAAAAUUGAAAGUACAUAACUACAAACAUCGUUAAAGAAUUAGGCGGCGCGGCGCGCCGCUUUCGUGUCGCUAAGGGAUAAAUUAAGGACGUAGGACAUAGGAGUCUUUAGGCCGUCACUGUACAGAAUAUAAUGUGACUAACACAACUAACCUAUAUAACUAUCGAGCGUGGUCGGCUCACUAUAGAUCUUUCAAAUGUUGUGCAUAAAAUACUCUUCACAUUCUCGCUUCACUCAUCAUAUAGUGUAGUGCUAACGUGUCGUCGAUAGUUAUACAUAAUUGAUAUGUAUGGUAUUGUGAUAUUACAUGCUAUGUGGAAAAAUCAUAGAAAUGGAUAAAUACAUUAGAUUAAAAGCGAAA